AUGAAUCGAAACAUCCCAAUUGGGAAUAAAAUUUGUGCAACUAAAGAAAUAUUCUAGAACCAAAACAUUUUAAAUACUCAUCUCUUGACUAUGAGACCAUAAAUCAACACUAGCGCACCAAAACAAUAUGAGUUUCUAAAAAACAAAAAGAUUAAAGAAGCUAUCAAAUCACAAAAAUAAUAAGAAAUAGUCAGAGAAAAUUAAAACCUUAAAUCCAAAUUAAACAAUAUUAUGCAGUAGCAAUCAAGUAAUAAUUACAUACUAAUUUAGAUAACUCCAUCUCGACUUUUGCAAUUAAGAAAUCCACUACUGUAAGUCUUGGUCCAAAGAAAUCUCUUAACAAAGACCACAGAAAAAAAGAAUUGAUUAAGAUAGUCAUGGAGAACCAAUAACUCUUGAAAAGAAUUUAAGAUUAGAAAUCUCAAUACAAUGUUUAAGAUUGGAAUCAAGAGAGAAGAUGGGUUGAAAAAUACAUCUCUAAUAUUUGUGAAUAUCCCUAUAAGGAUUUCAAGCCAACCAAAACUCUAGUACAAUACUGGACAAACUCAAGAAUUAGCGAGUCUUAAUUGUAAAGUAAUGAUUCAGAAGUUAUAUUAUUAGAAAGAGAUAAUUUUAACAACAAGAAAUUAGAUCCCUUAGAAAUGAAAAGCCAAUAAACCAAGUAUCAAGUAUUAUUAAUCUAUUCAGAUCAAGAGGUAGGCAAGAUAACAACACAGAGCCUAGGUAAAUCUUAAUAAAUUAAGAAAAUCAAUAAAGGUAAUAUACUCUAUUAUAAUACACUAGAAGUAUCUUUGAAUCGGAUUUUCAACCUUAUGAGCCCUAUUAAGAUUAGGUUAGUAAAAUUGUUAAGGAAAUCAUUGAAAAGCCUUAGUAAUAAGAACAAGUGUAACAGUAGUAAGAAAUAGAAGUGGAAGAAGAUCAAGAUGAAGAGGAGCAACCAAAUAUACAGGGAGAUCAAGAGAAUGUGGGAUCUAAUGAGCAUCAAAGAAAAGAGUAAGAAGGAAAUCUGAAUAAUUUAAGAGAAGAAGAAUUACAGUAAUAAAAUGAAGUGGAUAACUUAAUGGAGAAUUCAUAAGUAAACGAAGAUUAAUUGGAUGAAAGUUUGAAUAAGUCUCCUCAGAAUCAUCAGAAUAUUUAAACCAUUGAUUUUUAAUAACAAGAUUAAGGGGUAUCAGGCAAGCUAAAUUAUGACACAUAUUGA